CGUUUGGGCCACUCACGGUUUUAAACACAGUUUACUCAGCUACGACAUGCAACACAUUUUUAUUAAAAUUGUGGGUGAGCGAUUAACUUUAGAGAGAAGUCCAGUAAAAGAAGUUUCCACUGAGGAAAGCAAGCAAACAACUGAGUUCCGUUCAAGGAAGUGACAACUGAAAUGACACCUUUGAUGUUUAAAGAUGCUUUCUGGGGUUCUGAUUUCACUUGUCAUGCCGGGUAUGAUGCUGUGAUCCAAAGGCUGCGAGAUGGAAGGCAAAUGUGCAAAGAUGUGGAGGAGCUUUUAAAGAUGAGGGCACUAGCAGAGGAGAAGUAUGGAAAGGAGCUGGUGACUAUUGCUCGCAAAGCUGGAGGACACCCAGAGAUCAGCACCUUGAGGGCAUCCUUUGAACUAUUAAAAGCACAAAUCGAGAACAUCGGUAACUUUCACAUCCAACUCUCUGAUAUAUUGAAAGAGGAGGUGAAAAAGAUUGAGACAUUCAGAGAGCGGCAGAAAGAACAGAGGAAGAAGUUUCAAAGCAUCAUGGAGAAGGUUCAGAAGAAAAAGGUUUCUUUGUACAAGAGGACCCUGGAGUCUAAAAAGACCUACGAGCUGAGAUGCAGGGAGGCGGACGACGCCGAACAGGGGAGUGAGAAGACAAAUGUUACAUCCAAAAACUCAGAAAAGGUCUCUUCCUGUGUAAAAUUUGUUCCACAGGUACGCCUCAGGGCCAAAAACUGCAGACAGGCUGCCAAUGAAGCAGAGAAGCUGUACUUAACCAACAUUGAUCAGCUAGAAAGUGUUCGCCAGGACUGGGAAAAAACGCACAAAAGCACCUGUGAGGUGUUCCAGCAGCUGGAGGGAGAUCGCAUCAGCAUGCUAAGGUGUGCUCUCUGGGACCACUGCAAUCAUUUCUCCAUGCAGUGUGUCAAAGAUGAUGAGUCUAACGAGGAAGUGAGGAAGCUACUGGAAAAGUGUGACAUCACCACAGACAACAACUACUUCAUAGGGAUGAAAAGCACAGGAUCAAGGCCUCCAGAGCCCAUAUUGUUUGAGAGCUACUACCAGAGGGAGACGUUCAGGGACAGCAAUGGCCAAGCACAUUUCACAGGAGGAGAAGACAUGAUGAUGAGGUGCUCUGAUCCCCUGCUCCAAAGUUCUGUGAACAUCAGUGACGAAAGUCUUCAAAACUCACAAUCAGCACUGACACCUUUUGGCGAGUUUGAGACUCCAGACGAAGGACAUGCACCCAUACCAGGCCUCCAGAAUGCAGCAUCAUUGGCCAUAGUUUCAGCUGAUGAAGACAUCUUCAUUGUACUUUAUGAAUACGCUGCACAGGAAGCGGAUGAAUUGUCUGUGAGUCGAGGGGAAAUGGUCCGAGUGUUGGAACAAGGAGAAGACGGCUGGUGGACAGCGGAGAAGAACGGGCUGACUGGACUGGUGCCAGGAAACUAUCUGGGAAAAAUCUAAACACUCAUCCAAACAAGAAAAUACAGACAACAGAUACACUUAGUCACACCACUUCACUCACACAACACACACGUGUUUAAGGCUUCAGGUGAAUGCUCUUUACAGCGCCAGCUGAUGGCCAAACUUGUAUUCUCGUAACUUCAUUUCUGAAUCUAAAUUGAAAAUCUAGGAUACUUUAGUAGCAGUAAAUUUUAGGUUAUCUUCAUCAGGAACCUCUUGUUUAUUUAUACAGUAAAGCUUUCUCGAAAGAUUUCUGAACUGAUGAGUGGGACUAUUAUUGAUUAAUUAGUCAUACAAAGAUAUAUCGUAACCAGUGACGUGCGGUGAUGUCAGUGAGAGGCUAGGCACUGAUUGAUGAAAGCCAGAUUACCUAAUUUAUUGAUUAGGCUAAUAUAUCAAAACAGUAAACGUUAUGCACAAGCACGGCACACACGCACGGUCAAAAUCAAGAAAUUUCCAAUCAGGAUGACAUUUCCACACACACACACACACACACACACACACACACAGUUAAUGUCUAGCAUCAGAAUGGAAGUUAUGCAACCAUCUUUAUCCUUAAUUAUUGCAUAGCGGACAAUUAGGCUGUUUGUCAGUCAGCAACAAUGAAAACACACACACUGCUCAAUUGAAUAUGAAGGCAAAUGGCUUGCAAUCGGCAUUAAUUCAACCACACUUAUCAAUUCAUAUUAAGCCCAAAAUAGUUUCUGACUCACCAAUCGGUAUUAUUUAUAGACAUAAAAUCCAUCCGCCGCUCUUUCCUCGUUAAGACGUCGAUCACAGCGUUGUAAAACUCGUCUUUACGGGCCUUCAGUUUGCAUAGUCUCUGGCUCUCAAUUGACAUAAUGGCAAGGGCUGAAAGACGUGCUUGCCCGGUCCAGUUCCGACUUUAUGUUUUGAUCCGUUUCAGAGUGGUAAAAUGUGCGCUCCACCGAAGCUGUGGCUGGUAUUGUUAAGACCAGUUGCGGACACCGCUGCUGUCAUUUUGACUUUGAAUUUCGCGGGGAUUACGCUUACAAAUAAUGUAGCUAAUGACGUAAGCUCCGCAAAUGUCCAGUAAUAUCUCGAUUUUAAUUGGUCCAUGUCUGAUAUGUAACGUAGGUGAUUACUGGCAUAACAUAUCUACGUGUAAAGGCACAGCAGAGUUGUGCUUUUUGCCGUACGUGUUGAGGAAUACAAGAUCGAAGUGCGCAUAAUGUAGCUAAUGACGUAACCUGCGCAAAUGUCCAGUAAUAUCUCGAUUUUAAUUGGUCCAUGUCUGAUAUGUAACGUAGGUGAUUACUGGCAUAACAUAUCUACGUGUAAAGGCACAGCAGAGUUGUGCUUUUUGCCGUACGUGUUGAGGAAUACAAGAUCGAAGUGCGCAUGCGCAACAUGGGUUUUUCGCUUGUCACCCGCAAUGAAUGGACAGUAAAAGCACUGCUUAUUCUACCAUUUCUUUUGUAUUUGAUUAUGCGUAACUGCUACAUUUGUCAUCGUAACGUCCUAAAAAUUUGAAUAAUACACAUAUAUAAAUCACAAGAAUAUACAAUAAAAAUAGAAAUACAAGUUUAUUAAAUGAAAUUAUUUAAUAAACAUUUUUAUGUUUGAAUUUUGACAGGGUAGGCAGUGCCUAGCUUGCCUACCCUGACUGCACGUCACACAUGAGGUAGCAGGGAUUCGUAACCCUGCUACCUCAUGUGUUGUACAGAUGGGUCACUCGCUCCUUAUACUCUCUAAUACUGUACAGUACAGUCGCAUGGGACUGAAGAAGGAUAAACCAUCUGGUGUUGAAAAUGUGGAUGGACUGUUUUAAAAUGAGAAUUGCUCGGUCAGUUUUCAACGUGAGUUUGAUGAACAAACAAAAACAAGCUUUAGUUGCUAAUAGUAGAACUAGUAUUGUGCUAGUGUAAGCCAGGCUUUACUUGACAACAAUAACAUUGCUUUUUUUUUAUCAACAAGCUGUGAUUAUCAGACUCCAGACAAAGAAAUUACUGAUUUUUAUUUUUAUAGUAUUGUGACUUCAGCACCCUACCCUCGAUGUGAUAAAUCAUCGGUACCAUUAAAUUAAGUGCAUAUGUAGUUAGCAGUGGCGUUUUUAGGUGAAAAAAAAUGGUGGGCUAGCCUACUUUGGACAGGUGCAAAACCUGAAAAUUACACAAUUAUUAUAAUGUAGUCUGGCAUUGCCAGACCUCUCUCCACAGCACUGCGGAGGAGGGUCUGGUUACUCAUCACAUAGCAUUCCGGGA